CUAAUCCCUUCUCGGCUUCCUUCUUCUUCUCCAGACGACGGUUCUCCCUCGUCUCCGGUCUCUGCGUUUCACGCCCUCCGCCCUGGGCGACACUCCUCUGGUCAGGCGAUCACGCCCUCCGGCCUCCGGCCUCCGCCCUCGCUCCUCAGUCAGACGGUCAGACACUCAGACUCACUCCAUCGACUCAGGCACUUAGCGGCUCUGCCUCACUGAGACACUGAGGUGAUUUGCUGCAUAAGAGAGCACCAAAUAAAUGGUUGUUUAUUAGUCAUCUACUGCAUAGUAUAAUGGCUUUGAUUACACGGUUAAGGCAUCGUCUGCCUGGUCUACUCAUAAGACAACCUAUUCUGUACAAUGUGACUGUACGAUUUCCAGUUACCUCAGCUGGUUGCACUCGACACAUUGCUCAACCUGCCAGGAAAGAGGAAGAAGAGGAGGAAGAAGUAGAGAUUGAUCAGAGAAGACUUCCAGCUGAUUAUGACCCUGCAACGUUUGAUCCAACCGAGCAUCGCAGUCCUCCAACGGACAGAGUGUGGAGGCUUGUUGAUGAAGUUUCGGGACUUACAUUGGUUGAAGUUGCAGAGCUGUCUGGCAUUUUGAUGAAGAAGUUGGGAAUGACAGAACCACCUGUAGUGGGGAUUAUGAAGGCGGGUGCAGCUGGCAUGGCUGCAGCUACAAUGAAGGGACCGGCAGCAGCUAAGGAGGAAAAGAAACCUGAGAAGACUGUUUUUGAGCUGAAGAUAGAGUCUUUUGAUGCUGCUCAAAAGAUAAAGAUAAUUAAAGAGAUCCGCAGUGUUACUGAUUUAGGUCUCAAGGAAGCAAAGGAAUUAGUGGAGAAAGCGCCUGCAAUAUUCAAAAAGGGAGUUUCGAAGGACGAAGGAGAGCAAAUCAUUGAGAAGAUGAAGGCGGUUGGGGCCAAAGUUGUUAUGGAAUGAAACUGAACUUGCUUCUGUUCAUCUAUUGAAUUUUCUGGAAUCAAUCAAUGUUUCUCAGUUUUAGCUUCAAUCUUCUUGCUUUAUUUUUGCCUUAUCAAGGAUUUAGAAAUAAUUUCAUACAUCUACACACUUGAAUUGCAGAUAGCUUCUGACUUGAUCGAAUAUGAGCAUUUUCCUACUAA